AUGCCGUCCGCCGCCUUGUGUAUGCGCACUCUCCGGGCGUACUCCAAGUACGGCCCACGGCAUGCAGCUCUGUUCGCCCGGGCCUUCUCGGCCACGUCGCGCCGUGCCGAGAUCAACAAGGUCUAUCCUUCGGCCGCCGAGGCCCUCAAGGACAUGAAGGCCGACUCGACGCUGCUGUGCGGCGGUUUCGGCCUCUGCGGAGUGCCCGACACCCUGAUCGACCAGGUCCUCGAGAAGCCCGAGAUCACGGGCCUGACGGCCGUGUCCAACAACGCCGGCACCGACAAGAGCGGGCUGGGCAAGCUGCUCAAGACCAAGCAGAUCAAGAAGAUGAUCGCCUCGUACAUUGGCGAGAACAAGACGUUUGAGCAGAUGUACCUCACCGGCGAGGUCGAGCUCGAGCUGACGCCCCAGGGCACCCUGGCCGAGCGCUGCGCCGCCGGCGGCAAGGGCAUCCCGGCCUUCUACACCCCGGCCGCCUUUGGCACCGUCGUCCAGACCGGCGAGCUGGCCCUGCGCAACAACCCGGACGGCACCGCCGCCGAGUUCUCGUACCCCAAGGACGUCAAGGUCUUCAACGGCAAGUCGUACCUGCUCGAGCACAGCAUCGCCGGCGACUACGCCUUCGUCAAGGCCUACCGCGCCGACAAGCUCGGCAACUGCCAGUUCCGCCUCGCCGCCCACAACUUCAACGGCGCCAUGGGCCGCAACGCAAAGAUGACCAUUGUCGAGGCCGAGGAGAUUGUCGAGCCCGGCGAGAUCCCCCCCGAGGCCGUCCACCUGCCCGGCAUCUACGUCAAGCGCGUCAUCAAGAGCACCGCCCCCAAGAGCAUCGAGAAGUACACCUGGGCCAAGGACGACACGCAGGACGCCGCCGCCGCCAACAAGGUCCUCGGCACCGGCGACACGGCCGCCAAGCGGGAGCGCAUCGUCCGCCGCGCCGCCAAGGAGUUCAAGAACGGCAUGUACGCCAACCUGGGCAUCGGCAUGCCCAUGCUCGCGCCGGGCUUCGUCGGCCCGGACGUCGAGGUCCAGCUCCAGAGCGAGAACGGCAUCCUGGGCCUCGGCCCCUACCCGCAAAAGGGCGAGGAGGACGCCGACCUCAUCAACGCCGGCAAGGAGACGGUCACGCUCAACCCGGGCGCCGCCGUCUUCGGCAGCGAGGAGAGCUUCGGCAUGAUCCGCAGCGGCCGCAUCAACCUGACCAUCCUCGGCGCCAUGCAGGUCAGCGCCUCCGGCGACCUCGCCAACUGGAUGCUGCCCGGCAAGGUCAAGGGCUUCGGCGGCGCCAUGGAUCUGGUCAGCAACCCCUCGGCGACCAAGGUCGUCGUCACCAUGGAGCACACCGACAAGAAGGGCAACCCCAAGAUCGUCAAGCAGUGCGCCUUCCCCCUGACCGGCAAGGCCUGCGUGUCGAGAAUCAUUACCGAGCUGGGUGUGUUCGAUGUCGACUUUGCUCACGGCCUGACCCUGAUCGAGAUUGCCGAUGGCGUGACGGUCGACGAGAUCAAGAGCAAGACCGAGGCGCCCUUCCACGUUGCCGACGAUCUCAAGGCCAUGCUGUAA